CGAGAAUCAAGAUGUCUGCGCCCAUGAGUUUUCUUGCGGUGCGUGGUUCUGAAGGGGUGUACCUCAAAGAUGGCCCACCCUCAUAUGAAAACAAAGAGGAUUUCGUUGGAGACCAGACAAAGGUGUGUAAGGCUUUCACAUUCAGCAGAGAUGGGACGCUGUUUGCAUGGACCAAUGGUAGAAGUGUACAGGUCAUCUCAUUGCCAGGAGUACAGUUAGUACAGGAUAUUGAGAAACCACGGACGACAGGUGUAGAAAUUUCCCCGCAUAAAAACCUCAUUGCAUUAUGGGAAAGCUAUAAAGGUGAAGGAGAGCCCAAUUUGAGUUUGUAUGAUCUCAAAUCAGGAACUUUAGUGAAGAGUUUUAUCCAGAAGAAGCAGCAAGGAUGGUGUCCCCAGUGGAGUGCAGAUGAAGAGAUCUGUUCACGCCUCGUGAAUAAUGAAUUGCAGUUUUACGAGAAGAAUAAUUUCUCCACAAUUGCCAAUAAACUUCACUUACAAAAGGUGCAAGAGUUUGCAUUGAGCAGGGGUCCUCCACCUUACCAUAUCGCAGUAUACGUCCUAGGUUCUAAGGGUCAGCCAUCAUUUGUGAGAAUCUACAAAUAUCCUGCCCUUGGUGGACUAAACUCAGCCCUGGCUAAUAAAAGUUUCUUCCAAGCUGAUAAGGUACAGAUGCUGUGGAACAGUAAUGCGACGGGUGUUCUAGUACUAACUACCAAUGAAACUGCUGAUACUUCAUACUAUGGUGACCAGAAACUUCAUUUUGUUGGCAGCAAUGGAGAAAGCUGCAUGGUGUCCUUUGCUAAAAAUGGACCCAUAUAUCACAUAGAAUGGAACCCAAAGGACCCGACGCAGUUCUGUGUACUGUACGGAUUUAUGCCAGCCAAGGCAACAUUGUUUAACUUAAAGUGUGAGCCAAUCUUUGACUUUGGGACAGGACCAAGGAAUGCUUGUUACUACAACCCACAGGGAACAAUUCUGUGCUUGGCUGGUUUCGGCAACUUACGAGGCCUUAUGGAAUUCUGGGAUGUAAAACAGAAGAAAUUAAUUAGCAAUCCAACUGCUGCAGAUACGACGCAACUUUACUGGUGUCCAGAUGGGGAACACAUUACCACGGCAACUACAUCUCCUAGACUACGAGUUGGCAAUGGCUACAAGACGUGGCACUACACGGGUGUUCUCCUGCAUGAAACAAAUACACCUGCAGGCCUUGAAUUGUGGGAUGUACGAUGGCAGCCAGUCCCAGAGGGAACCUUCCCGCCAAAACCGUUGUCUUAUAAACCAGUGCAAUCUACAGUGGCGCCACCUCCUUCAAAUGUGAAAGCUGGAGUCUACAGACCUCCAGGGGCAAAGGGAGUGCCAUCAACAUUCAAACUACAUGAUAUUGAACCCCCUUCCAAUGCCAAGCCAGCAAGUGCAGAAUUGUCAAAAGCUGCGCUGAAGAAUAAGAAAAAGCGUGAAGCGAAAGCAAGAGCUAAAGAAGAGCAUCCAGAGGAGUUUAGUCCCGCCCCGACACCAGUACCUCAAGCAGCGCCAUCUAGUGGUGAUCCCGAGACUGACAAGAAAGUACGAAAUCUCAGAAAGAAACUGCAAGCUAUAGAAAAGUUGAAGCAGCAACAGAAAGAAGGGAAAACGCUGGAGAAAAACCAACUAGACAAACUAAAGACUGAAAGUGCUUUAUUAGAAGAAAUGAAAGCUUUGCAAAUUCGAUGACAAUAACGAGUCAUGAACUUUAGCUUGAAGUGUAAAUACAAAACUUUUGUUAUGCUGAAAUAUACAGUGAAGUAUAUUAGACAUCAAGAGAAACUCUAGUUGUUUGAUGAUAAACUGAAAGUGAAGAUGGAAGCCUGAAUAACGCUUUAUUGAACUUCAAAUGAAUCCCCAGAAUGCAUGCAUGUGGGACUCCAGUAUGUAAAUUAAAAUGCUUUCUGUUAAUCAUCGAAAGAAAAAUAAACUGUUCAUCUGAUGUUAAGAAAUAUUAUUACUGCGAUUGCUACGUUGCAAUUAUGUAAAAUGCAUAUGGAGAUGUGUAGCCAUGAAAAUUAUCCACUCUGUUCUAAUCUUGAAGAGAGGAUGGCAUCUGGAGUCCUGCAUUCGGAGAUUUCUUCAACUGUAGACACAUAUAAUUGAAAUUUGUUUUCAUAAUAUAAGCCAUCAUGCUUUUGUAACAGGGAUCAUAAAAUUAUGAAAGUAUUGUGUGAUGAUGUUCAAUUGUUGGCAUUUGUAAAAAUUUGAUUUUAUCAUGGUUUAAUCUCCAUAUCAUAAAAAUUUUGAUUUGUUAAGUCAUUUCCGAAAAAUCAAUGCCAUCUUUUGAUUCAUCGGGGAAACUAUAAUACUUGGCUGGCUUGAUGGCAGCAAUCUGUCUCGGCAGCAAUCUGUUUCGGCAGCAAUCUGUCUCUUAACAUGUUGCUGAUUUUGCCUAUGAUAUCUAGCAAAUAUAUUGUAGUUUCUCCGGUUCAAAAGAUGGCACAAUUUAUCGGAAACAUCUAUUGCACCAUUUUUUGUCAGCUCUGCAUACAACUAGAUAUAUGACUGUUACCCUGAUUAUUUUGGUGCCUGAUUUAUUGUGACAAUUUUGUUGAUUUUGUUCAUCUUCAGUGAAAUUUAAGAUCAAUCCUCUAGAACUUUGCAAAUGAUUUAGCUUGUUCUUCUGUGAAAUAAUUUGAGGAAAUCAUAUUACAGAAAUUGUCUGAAAAAAAAAACGGUGCCUAAAACUCAUUGCACAAAAUGAAAGCCAAAAUCAGCCAGAUCAAUUAUUGCCGUAUUAAAUAAUCAUCAAAAUAUCGAAAAUUGGAAAAUUUGCCAAAUGUAUACUAGAAUUUGAAAGUGGGAAAAUUCAAGUAUUAAACGAAAAGACAAGUUUAUUACGUUUUUGUUUAUAUAUCUAUAUUUUAUAUACACAUUUGUUGUUUCUACAUGAUUAAAAAGUAAUUACAUGUAUCAUUAAUUUAACAUGUAAAUCCAUACAUAUUAUGUUUUCUAAUGGUGAAUAAAUCCAUAUGUUAUCAUGAAUUAAUUACAAUGGAUUACCUGACAUAUCUGAUGAUGGAAGAUAGGUAGAUCCCAUAAUACUUUGAUAUUCUUUUAAUAUGCAUCUGAGGAAUCAUGGGAACUGACCUCCUUGGAGUUGGUAUUAUCCAUGUGUUAACACUAAUAUUUUGAGAAAUAAAAUAUAUCAAAACUUGAA